AUGGCCAGCGACGAAGCAAUCAUACCAGUCGAGAUCACGACUUAUGGUGCUGUCAACAAUAAGCUCAAGGACGACGUUACGGUCACGACAACAGCCAUCGAAUCGCCUGAAUCGCCUCAGCAACGCCCUACCAUUCAACUGCAAGGCCGGCGCAGAACGACCUCGUCCCUGGACCAAGCAGAAAUACUCAAUACUGAUAGCGAUACCAAUGGUGCCCUCACACGGCUCGGCAACCUCAUCAAGAAGAUUCAUAGCUUUUCAAUCAUCACACGAUAUGCCUUGUACGUGCUGCCAGUCGCCACACUUCUAGUCAUCCCUCUUGCACUUUUUGAUACCGUUUACCAGGACGCAAGAGCUGGAAACAUUCGUCUCCUUGGUCUCUUCAUCUGGCUAGAAGUCGUCUGGAUUGGCUUGUGGAUUUGCAAGAUACUAGCCAAGGCAUUACCUGUUGUUUUUCAAGGCGCAUGCGGUCUCAUCAGCACAGGCAUCAGGAAGUACUCGCUCGUUCUGAUGACUCUUGAGAUUCCUAUCAGUCUGUUCUUUGCUUCUAUCGCAAAUUGGGCCACAGUCCCUGUGAUAUGCUCCUUCGAUAAAGGGCACUGCAACGACCAAUGGUUGAAGACGCUUCACACAGUCUGUCUNCGCGACUAUCGCGGUCGCUGCCGUCUUCUUGGCCGAGAAGUUUUUGUUCAGCUCAUCAGCAUCAACUACCACCGCAAGCAAUACGACAGGAAGAUCAAGGAUUCAAAGAGACUGAUUUCGAUCCUGGACAUCAUGUAUGAUGCUUCCCGACAGCUGUCACCACCAUUCUCUCAGGAGUUCGCCGAGCUUGAUUACGACAUCUUUGACCCUGACACUUCGGGCAUCAAGAAGAAACUUGGUCAGGCAGGCUUCCGCACCACUGUCAUUAACGACAUUGGUCGUGCCAGAGAUAAGGUUACCUCGGCCUUCGGCAACAUUGCAUCUGAGAUCUCGGGCAAGCACAUCUUCAACCCCAACUCGGCACACUCCAUUGUUAUCGGAGCACUGGAGACUCGUCGCGCUUCCAAGGCACUGGCACGUCGCCUGUGGCUCAGCUUCGUCCCCGAAGGCAAGGACGUGCUCCUUGUAGAAGACAUUCGAGAGGUGCUUGGGCCCAAUCAAGCAGAAGAAGCUGAUGAGAUAUUCAAUGCUCUCGACAAAGACUGCAACGGCGAUGUCAGUCUGGAUGAAAUGAUCAUGCUCGUCAUGGAGGUGGGCCAGGAACGCAAGAACAGAGCUUCGAGCAUGCACGACAUCAGCCAAGCCAUCGAGGUCCUUGAUCGCAUGCUUGUCUUUGUAGUCUUUGUUGCUAUUGCUUUCAUUUAUGCUGCUUUCUUCAGCAAAACCCUUGCGAGUAAGACUGCUCAACUCUGGUCUGUUCUGACCGGUCUUGCGUUCGCUAUUGGUGGCACGGUCACGGAGUUCCUUGGAUGCUGCAUCUUCCUCUUCGUCAAGCACCCUUAUGAUGUUGGAGAUCGCGUCGACAUUGACAAGACUGAACUCAUUGUCGAACGCAUCUCACUCAUGUACAGUGUCUUCCGCCGCGUCGACAACGACAAGACUGUUCAAGUCUCUCACGCUGUCGCCAAUACCCUCUGGAUUGAGAACGUCUCUCGCAGCAAAGCGAUGAAGGAACGUAUUACACUUAGUGUAUCUGCAGCGACCAACUCAGCAGACAUCAAUGCUCUGCGCGUUCAUCUCGAAGAGUUCGUCAGAGCGUCAGAGAAUGCGCGAGAUUAUCAACCCGGCAUCGAGGUUGAAGUUGUCGGGGUUGGCAAGCUGGAUCAGCUUGAUCUUAUGAUCGAGAUCAAACAUAAGGUGAGUACACGGUCGCUCUUAUCUCUUACCUUCCCUGCUGACUCUCUUCGUAGNUCAAACUUCUCGAACGAGGCCCUACGGGCGUCUCGAAGGAACAAGUUCAUGAUCGCCCUCUUAAGCGCCAUUAAAGAUGCAGGUAUUGAAGCGCCAUAG